AUGACAGAUCAUGGAGCUUCUACUAUCGAUAGGUCACCCCAAUCAGUGUACUGUUAUAAUAAACUAUAUGAUCGAACAAAAGUGUCCACUUCAGGGACUAUUUCGGCCACUGGUUGAGCUAUUACCACGCGCCCUCAACUGGUAAUAGAUUGAAAAAUUGGAGACCUACAGUAAACGACCACAAUCCGCAAUGCAGAAGGAUGUCAAAGAGCCGAAUUUGCAAAUAUCAAUGGUCGAGAUUGGCCGUGAGGAUCGUUAAGAAUAUUAACAAUUUUGUUCCCAGUUCACCGGUUUUAUAGGGAAAUUGACGCACAGAUUGCUCAUGUCUUAUUUCAGUCAACUUCCGCAGAAAACUUCAAUGAUUUGGUCAUCGUUUUGGGUAUCCCGUUCGAAUUGGCUGAAUAUAAGAAGGUUUUUUUUUUUAGUUUGAAAACUGUUUUUAGAGAACAAAGUUCGUGAUAGUAAGCUCAGAAAGCUCUUUAUUUUUCUAUUUCAACACAAGGAAAAGUUUCUUUUUUGGUCAUUCUACUCCUGAAUUCUUGAACUUCUUUUCAUGUCCCCGUAUUGAACUUUCAAAACAAAUAUUCAUCCUUCGUUCCCCACUUCAAAUACUCAUUUUCACAGAUUUAUCUCGAAGAUUACGUGAAAAACGCCUGGAAGAAACUUUACGAGGCGACUAUUAUAAAAGCCAGGGAACUGCAAAAAAAUGGUUCGGUUCAAAUUCAUCUUCUGCAUGACUUGGUACAGCUCCUCUCAGCCGCCAAGCAAAGGUGUAAGGUUAGUGGAAAACAAAAAAAAUAUUCAUUUCAAGACGAUCCAAUUUACAGCCCCACAUUGUGGAUCUGUGCUGCUUCGUGCUGCCAAUCAUUGCAACGGAUGAAACGAUGAAAAUCCUCGGAAGCCUUGAUUUUUUCCCAAUUUUGCCUCAGUUGAAAGGUUGGGAAAUCAGGAUAAGUUGUCACUUUUCUGAUGAUCAAGGUUUCACCACGAAAGCUGAUCGAAUCAUCGAAGUGGAAAAUUUUGGUUGUAUGCACGUUUUCAUGAUCAUUGUCUAUCAAAUAAUGCUUCAUUUAACGGCUAAAGAGGUUUUUUCCAAAAUAGUUUUUUUUUACUGAAAGUUUUGAGAACAAUUUCCCGGCUGAAGUCAUUCCUACUGUUUUCGAUAAACUCGGAGAUAUUCUCAUCAGGGUUUUCGAUGCUGUGGCCACACAUCGCCCGCAGUCGGUUUGUCUCAAAAGUUGAUAUUUUGCCAAAGAUUCUAUAUUUUCAGUUGAGAAAUGCGGUGAGCGCUUUGGCGAAAUCCCUCAAAUGCAUGUUUUUGCUCAUCAGCAAAGAGGAAAAUAUUGCACGUUCCGGACGGAUGUUUUCUUUUUUCGAGCGUGUAAGUUUAAGGGAUUUUUCAAUCGAGUUUCUUUCGAAAUACGUUUUUUUAUGAACCUCUGUGCACGCAAUAAGAUUUAUAUAAAUAUUUGAGGACUCUUUUUCAAGAAGUUGAAGAAAAAAAUUUUUUUUAGUUGAGCUCAAACAUUUUUCGUUUAUUGGAGUACUGAAACUCGACUUUUUUUAAAAUUAGGCCUUAAAUAUAAGUAAAAAAGCUGAACUUUCCAAUGAGAACAUUUUCGAAACCAGGCAUAGGUUUUCUGACUUUUUCGAAGCAGCUCUGUGGAUAAAACUUCAUUUUUAGACACGAACUUUUAGGUUAAGCAAAAAAAAAGUCAUGAAAAUUCACUCGAUGUGUUAUCUAAUUUUGAAAUGAAGAAUUCUCUUUUUAGCAACGCUCAUCGGGCUUCUACCAUGUUUCAUGAACUAAAAUUGUCAUAAGAAAAUGUUUUCUAUACUUUUAUUGAAGAAAUUUACCCAUUUACGGUGCUGAUUUCAUAGAUCCAAAACUUUUUUCGAUUGUUUUGUGUUUUUUUUAUUAGAAAUGAAUGUGUUGUUGAUCUUUCGGAUCUUUGUCCUUUUUUCUUGAUCAUUCCCACCUUUUGCAGCUAGUGGAAAUUCUUACCGAGGCGCACGAGAAUGAAGUUCCGAAUGACGUCGCCGCCGACGGACUGUUAUCCCAGGAAUGGCUGGUGCUGUUCAAACUAUUGGCUCGCGAGAAGAUCAACCAUCUGAACGUUAAAACGAUGUCCAUGUGGAAGUUGUACUUCAACCGUGAAAUCGCGAAGCCGUUAGUAGUUUUGCAAGUUUCGGAACAAGCUUAAAUUUGGGAUUCGAAUGCGAAAAAAUGAUAAUAAUAAUAAUAACAAAUGUCCCUUUUACACUCAACCAACAAGUUUGGCGCCACAGAAACUCAGAAAAUGAGGCUGAAAAAAAUUGAUCGUCUCAGAGUCCACAAAUUAAACAAUCGGUUACUUCGUAUUAGCGAAUUUUGUCAGUAUGGAAACCAAGAAAAGGUCCCUUUUAUGUUCGUUGAAUAUUUUUCUUUGCUACUCUCGUUUUUUUUUCUCGAUGGGGUGUUCAAAACGAUAAUUUUCAGCUCCUCUUCCCAAACUUCUCUGGCGCCAUUUACGCCACCUGCUCCACUGAAACCAUUAGAAGUGAAGGUUUGUUUUUUGAAAGCUAGUUUGCUAAUUUUUCACGCUACAGGUGGACGAGCUCCAACCGCCACAUGCAAAACGAGCCAAAAUCUCUCCAGAAAAACGUCGUGGGCGACUAUCCGUCACAUUCCCGGUCGAAUUGUUUGAAAGAGUUAGAAGAGAGCGCAUGAUUUCAUCGCCGCUGAAUGCUCCGCAGAAUUUUGUCGCUUCUGUUUCGCCUAACAAAAAUGUCAGCCUUCUCAAAGUUUUUUGGAUUUUUAGUUGAAAAACGGUUCAUUGUUUGAAAAAAUUCAAUGAAAAUAGUUCUUAAUCACCUGAUUCGUUUAUUCAAGAAAACAAUUUAUUCACUAAUGGGGAAAAAUUUUACCAAAGGGGAAAGUAAGAGUUUUUUUUAGAGGCCCUUAAAAAGAGUAAAAAGUUUUUUUGAUCUCGUUUUUUGUCGGUUCAAGAAAAAAAGUAUUUCAGUUCCCUUGCAACCAAUAUUUUUUUAGACGGGAGUUUUUUUUAAAGUUUUAACAUUUUUUUGCGAAUAAAUCAAAUCUUAACCAAUUAAAUGAAAAAAAAAAAUGAAUAAAAUUUAGGCACUAGUUAGAAAAUUUUCAAUCGAAUGGCUAUUUUAGCUUGCAGAAAAAUCUAAUUUUUGAAAUGUGUUGUUUUUUAGUUUAAUUCUAGAUUCUAGAAUCUCGAACCCCUUUUUAAGGGUAUUUUAGUUGACGCUUCACAUAUUUCUCCGAAAAAAACCAUCAGAAAAAAGAAAGAUUUUAGCCAAACAUUCAUUUGUGGAAUUUUUAACUCAUCUGAUCUCUAUUUUUGAACUAGUCUAUUUCCAGGCAGCCGGAGACAAUUUAUCCCUCACUAGCGUCGAAAAUGAAAACGAUAUGAAUGGAAACGCCUCCAAGUCUUCCAAAGUAGCUAACACAGUCGAAAUCGGUCAGACGAAGCAUUCGGGUGGGUCUUCUCACGAAAAUGUGAGUUUUUUUUUGCAUCCGCAGUUCGAAAGUCCAACAACAUCAGAAAGAAAGAAAUUAAUCACGAACAUCAAUUUUAGUUUUUAGACAAGUUUGGAUACGUCGCAAGAGCUUGACGGCGGGCUAAAAAGAAACAGCGCGAAGCUUGCCGAAGUUCCUAGGCGUUCAAAUGUGAGUGCAGGUGAUCCUUUCUUUCGGAUAUUAUUGGAAUGGAUCUCUUUUUCCGUCGAUUUUGUUCGAUUUCACGGCUUUGCCCACGAGAAAUCGUUUUCUGACCAUACGUGGGCUAACAGGCUGUUUUUCACUUUCGGGCCCCCCUAUUCAUUCAGAUGGCUUUCUAAGCCGCGGAAAAUGCAUCCAUAUUAUUUAUCGAGCUUUUCAAAGUACAUUUAGUAGGAAAUUCGUUGCCUAUCUUUUUGCCGAGCUCCGAACGGCAGAUAAAAUCGCGGGGAAUCGUAGAAAUAGCCUUAUAAAAAAUUCCAGAGCUGAUAAAUCGACCUGAAUUCUAGUUUAAAUGGUACCAAUGGAUGAUACAUACAUGCUCACCAAAUUUUAAGCCGUUUGGAAAAUUAAAAAAAAUAAUCAACUUCUGACCCCAUAAGAAAAUGAUUUCUGGAGAUCUACAAUUUUUUGGCUCAAAAUCGUUAUCAACUUUGAGUUAACCCUAAAUAAGGUAUAUGCUACAAGUUUCCAGGCUUCCGGACGUUUUUUGACCAAGUUAGAGUGUUUCAAAGCGUUAUCACUUGACGGUUUGCGUACCCCCCCGUACUCCCCCAAAAUCCGAAAAUCGAUCUGUUUUCAAUGUUAUCCUACAUUAUGAAGUGAGUUUCAUGAUCUGGCCAAGUUUCGAGCCGUUUGGAUGAGUUUUAAGAAAAAUAAUUUUUUGGGUCACCGGAAAUUGAUAUUUUGAAAUUUUGAACUUUUUGGCUCAAAAACAUUAUUAACCUUGAGUCUACCCUAAUAUGGGUAUAUGCUCCAAAUUUGCUUCCGGACGUUUUUUGACCAAGUUACAGUGGUUCCCGACCGCGACGCAUGGUGGCAAAAUUUACGCUCCGCUUUCACUGUAUGUUAACGCCGUGAGGAUGAGUUGAAAAAGCGUUAGGGUGAAAUUUUCUCCAAAUCAAAUAUGUUGUAGAACACGAUUUUUGGGAUUUUUUGAAAAAAAAACUGAACAUCAUCACUCGAGCCGUUUUCGAGAUACGGUGGCUCAAAGAAGUACGGUAGACCCCUUCGAAAAUCUAUAUCUUGACAAAAAUUCGACGAAACUCAACCAAAGUUUGUAAUAAGGUGCAAUAUAAUUUUAUUCAAUUUUUUUAAAAAAAUUUAUCACUUCAUUAUUGCUUAUUAUUGCUCAUAUUAGAGAAUUUUUUUCUCAAAAAAAUCAAAAACCAGUACAUGACGUUGCGGUCCGGCGUUUUGUCUUGUUGCUUUCGAAACCACAAAAAAAAAUACGCUAUCUACUGAGCAAAACAUGAAUUAGGCGAGUUUUCCAUCUACGACCCGAAAACUUUAAAAAACAUGUAAUUUUAGGUAAGAUUACCGAAUAACUUUUUUAUCUCGUGUUUUUUUGGAUUGAAACUAGCGAAAUCGAGAUCAGCAUGCAUUCUUACAUCUACUAGGUCAUUUCUCAAAACGAAACAAGGAAAAAAUUCAAAAUUUCAAAAUAUCAAUUUCCGGUGACCCAAAAAAUUAUUUUUCUUAAAACUCAUCCAAACGGCUCGAAACUUGGCCAGAUCAUAAAACUCACUUCAUAAUGUAGGAUAACAUUGAAAACAGAUCGAUUUUCGGAUUUUGGGGGAGUACGGGGGGGUACGCAAACCGUCAAGUGAUAACGCUUUGAAACACUCUAACUUGGUCAAAAAACGUCCGGAAGCCUGGAAACUUGAAGCAUAUACCCAUAUUAGGGUAGACUCAAGGUUAAUAAUGUUUUUGAGCCAAAAAGUUCAAAAUUUCAAAAUAUCAAUUUCCGGUGACCCAAAAAAUAAUUUUUCUUAAAACUCAUCCAAACGGCUCGAAACUUGGCCAGAUCAUAAAACUCACUUCAUAAUGUAGGAUAACAUUGGUAACAGAUCGAUUUUCGGAUUUUGGGGGUCUACGCUAAAAGUUGAAAUAUUUCUGUUUUGGAGUAUUGACAUCUAGCUGAAUAUACUUCCAAAAAGCCCGCGAAACAAGAUAAUAGUCUCAUUCCAUUUUUUUAUAUUAACUUUAAUAAUCAUUUCACAUUGAUAGUUUUCCGCGGGGGGGGUACGUACUUUUUUUCGAGGGGAGUACGUACUUAUUCAAAGGGGGUACGUGAUGACGUCACAAAAAAGUAGUUGGUUAGCCCAUGUAUGUUUCUGACAAAAAAAUUUAUCCAGAAGGAAAGUUCAAAAAUAAAAAAAUUAUUUAGAAGUUUUGUAAAGUCUGUGGAUCUUCUAUCCGAAAAAAAUUUUUUUACGCUUUUAAAGGCAUAGGGGCAGUAAAAAAUGGGGUUUCAGGUGAAAGCAGCAUCUUAUAUAGUUUUUUAUUGCGAAUCGAAUGGUGUACUCAAAAAAAUUACAGAUGUGACAACUUUAGAAGAAAAACGCGAUUUCACUUUCCCGCCUUUAAUUUUGAAAAAUGCUUUGGAUCGGUAUGCAGACAACUGUUUACAGUAGCCGUGCACGAGAUGUUGCGGAUGUCUUAUUAGACUCACAUUUUGUAUGAAAUAACCGGCUAUCUGCUUCAAAUUAAGGGUUUCUUCUCUGAAAAAUUGAUUAAGAAAACCGAAAACACACAGUGAUAAUAAAGAAAACACAAAUAAUGUUAUCCCAAUCGAAACCUGUGUAAAAAUCAUCAUUUUUUUCACCAGAAAAAGCUUUUUGCGAUCAAAGUUUGCAAAUUAUACAUGAAUCGAAGGCUUUGGUGACGAAAAAAACUCUGGUGACAACAGAAAAAAAUUGAAAAUUAAAAAGAAACGAAGAAAAAAAGCGAAAAAUCCGGAAGAUGGCGAACCCUGUUGUCCAUAGAGCAACUUUACUGCAAGGCGCCCUUUUCGCGGGAACUCAAGCUUUCUUUUCUCCGACUUUGAAUUAUUUUUUCUCCAAAACUAGGAAUUUCUGUACGUUUCCAAGUUCACCGUUCGAUUCGCAAUGAAAAGCUCUACAAAAUACUGCUUUGAACUGAAACACCGUUUUUUACUGCCCCUUAUGCCUUUAAAGGAAUUAUUUCCUGACUGGAAAGGCGAUUUUUUUUAUCAAUUCGGGAAUGAUUAACUACAUGCCUAUCUUCAUAGAAAUUGCAAUUUUUGAAAGCGAAUUUUGUUAAACUUGACACAGCGCAUUUUUAAUACGCAAGUCAAGGCAUUGCGUAAAUUAUGGUUCUUAUGGUGUAAACACCGAGACGCACUGUCGCAUACUCCAAAUUUUCGUUCCAAUUUUUUAAUCUGCAAUUUUAAGAUAAUAGUUCCUGAAAUGUUCGAAAUCAGCUUAAGGUUUAACCAAAAAAAUUUUUGCACUUCGGAAGCUUCAUUCUUAAUAAGUAUAAUUUUUUUCGAAAGCUGCAUUUUUUUGUUUCAUUUUUCAAAUCUCAUAAUUCAAUUCAAAAUUCAUAAAAAGGAAAAAUUUUGGCAUAAGUCGAAUAAGAGGCACAGAGUGUGAAAUUUUCUCGACUACUGUUACAAUCAGACUGUCUCAGAUAAAGUUCAGAAAAUUCCCAAAAGGUGUACUUUUGAGUACUGUUAUGACUGAAUCCGACAGCACAAAUGUUUGAAUUUUUUGUUUCCUUGGCAAAGCAAAUUUUUUGGCUUUUUCUGAGCUGGAAUGAGGAAAUUAUACACGGAAUUUCUUUCUGCAUUUUUCGAAAAAGUUUACAUCUGUUUUGAACUAAAAAUAAUUUGUUACAAUUUGAUAUUUUUUUUAGGUAUCCCCAGAAAAAGCGAAGAGAAGAAGCAAAACCGAUAGUAGAAGACAGGGAAUUUCGGAUUUGUCGUCUUAUUCGAAGCACACACCGCCUGAUGUUCCAGACCCAUUGGAUGUAAGUUUCAUAAAUUUUUUGAGGCAACGAGUUCCAAUUGAAUUCAGCCCGGAAAAUGAAGUUUAAAUUUAGUCAACUAAAAGUGUGCUGUGUAGUGAAAGUCGCUUUUAAUUUGAUUUCAAAGGUUCAAAUUUUGGUAAUUUGACUCGAUUCCUGACUUUCAAGGGUGUUCAUGAAAAGUUAGGUCCAUUUGAAGUUUAAAAAAAUCAACGUCUCGGUCUGAUAUUUUUUUUCUAUAAAGAGGUAGAGUCUACCCAUAAGAUGACUGGUGAGCGAAAACAUACUCUCAAACUCCAAAAAGAUCAAAAAUUGAAGUAGAUAAUCAACUAGGAGAAUGGUAGGAAGAAAUUUUGGAUUCUCAAAAAAAGAGGUGAAUAUUUCCAAAAAUCGCUUUCCAAGAUAAAAAUUUGCAAAGAUUCGAGCCCCCAAGAUUGGUGUAUGCACAAUUAACACUCACGAAUAUUCACGGACCCAAAAUUCCUUCCUACCGUAAUUAGUAGAUUAAACAUUGUUAGUUCAGACCAUUGUUCAGAACAAUUUUUGAGCUUUCGGUCACUUAUUUUUCGAUUUCAGAAGAUCACACCUUUUCGGUGGUAUUUCGAUGUGGACAGCCCUUUGAUUGAAUGUCCUCUGGCAGCGUCUCAAAUUCAUAUGCGAACUCUCGGCUCAAAAAAGUUGUUUCGAAUUUUUUCUACGCAGAAUAAUGAUUGAAUUUGAGACGUAAGGAAGAGUUUCUGGCGAAUUUGAGAGCGAAAAAGGUGAAUACGCUGGGUGAGCUGAUGAACCUGUCGAUUUUCGACGUCGUCAAAGUUUUUCCGCUGGAACUGCACCUCAAUUCGCCUAACGCCGCCGUGUGCAUUCAGAAGGCCUUCAUACGGCUCGAAAUGGAGAUUCGAAGUGAUAUCCGAAAUUCCUCUUGA